UGUGGGACCUUGAAGGGGAGGAGGAUUUUGUGCCACAGAUUGGGGCAGGCAGCGAUGCCAUGCAGCGACCUGCAGGAGCCAGGUCUGGAGGUUGGCUAGAGCCUAGCACAUGUGGGGACGGAGGAGACGGGGGCCAUGAGGGCAAAGGCCUGAGCCGAGGUGAUGCUGAAGAUGAUGACCUUCCAAGGCCUUCCAGGCCAGCAGCCUAUGCCAGGGGCCCUUGACUUCCCCGGGGCCCCCCAGAAGUUGCCCUCCACAUCGGAGGCUGAGUCAGAAGCCUCUAUGUCAGAGGCCUCCUCCGAGGACCUGGUGCCACCCCUGGAGGCUGAGGUAGCCCCGGAUCGGGACGAGGACGAGGCUGUGAAGAAGAAGAAGAAGAAGUCAAAAGGCCUGGCCAACGUGUUUAGUGUCUUCACCAAAGGGAGGAAGAAGAAGGGUCAGCCCAGCUCUGCAGACACAGAGGGCGAGUCCGAGUCCCAGGCGCAGCUGGCUGGCCGGCUGCCCACAGUGGAGGAGCUCAAGGCGGACCUGGAGCAGGGACGGCUGGAGGCGGCCGGGCCGCUGCUGGAGCUGGAGCGGGAGCUGCGGGCGGCGGCGGCGGCGGGCGCCGCGAGCGAGGAGGAGCUGGUGCGGCGCCAGAGCAAGGUGGAGGCGCUGUACGCGCUGCUGCGCGACCAGGUGCUCGGCCUGCUGCGCCGGCCGCUGGAGGCGGCGCCCGAGAGGCUGCGCCAGGCGCUGGCGGUGCUGGCGGCGCAGGAGCGCGAGGACCGGGCGGCGGCGCCCGGGCCCUCGGGGCUGGCCGCCACGCGUCCCCGGAGCUGGCUGCAGCUGUGGCGGCGGGGCGUGGCGCAGGCGGCCGAGGAGCGGCUGGGCCGCCCGCCGCCCGCGGGCGCCGAGGGCCGCACGGAGGCCGAGCGCCUCUUCCUGCACAUGGGCCGCACCAUGAAGGAGGACCUGGAGGCGGUGGCGGCGCGCCUGAAGCCGCUGUUCCCCGCCGAAUUCGGCGUCGUGGCGGCCUACGCCGAGAGCUACCACAAGCACUUCGCGGCCCAGCUGGCGGCCGUGGCGCAGUUCGAGCUGUGCGAGCGCGACACCUACAUGCUGCUGGUCUGGGUGCAGAACCUCUACCCCAACGAUGUCAUCAACAGCCCCAAGCUGGCAGGGGAGCUGCAGGGAGUCAGGCUUGGGAGCCUCCUCCCCGCUAAGCAGAUCCGGCUGCUGGAGGCCACGUUCCUGUCCAGUGAGGUGACCAGUGUGAAGGAGCUGAUGGCCCGUGCCCUGGAGCUGGAGUCACAGCGCUGGGCCCAGGAUGUGGCCCCCCAGAGGUUGGACGGCCACUGCCACAGUGAGCUGGCCAUCGACAUCAUCCAGAUCAUCUCCCAGGGCCAGGCCAAGGCCGAGAGCAUCACCCUUGAACUGGGCACGCAGAUAAAGCAUAUGCUGCUGGUGGAGCUGGCUGCGGUCCUGAGGAGCUACCAGCGUGCCUUUGAGGACUUUCUGGAGUGCUGCAGACAGCUGAGAAAUUACAGGGCCAAUGUCAUGGCCAACAUCAACAACUGCCUAUCCUUCCGGACGUACAUGGAGCAGAAGUGGCAGACUCCGCAGGACCUGCUGAGCCCCCUGCUGAGCCCCCUGAAUGAACUCAAGAGCCGUGGCUUUGAUGCCUUGCUCCAGAACCUGUUUGCAGACCUGAAGCCGCUGUUCAAGAGGUUCACACGGACCCGCUGGGCGGCCCCUGUGCAGACCCUGGAGGAAAUCAUCUCUGUCGUGGGCGAGAGGCUGCCUGAGUUCUCAGAGCUGCAUGACUGUUUCCGGGAGGAGCUCAUGGAGGCUGUGCACCUGCACCUGGUGAAGGAGUACAUCAUCCGCCUCAGCAAGCGGCGCCUUGUCCUCAAGACAGCGGAGCAGCAGCAGCAGCUGGCGGGGCACAUCCUGGCCAACGCCCAGCUCAUCCAGCACUUCUGCACUCAGAUCGGGUCCCCGGCAGCCUGGCUGCAUCAUGCCCUCCCCACGCUCGCUGAGAUCAUUCGCCUGCAAGACCCCAGUGCCAUCAAGAUCGAGGUGGCCACGUAUGCCACCUGGUACCCUGACUUCAGCAAAGGCCACCUGAGCGCCAUCUUGGCCAUCAAGGGGAACCUGUCCAACAGCGAAGUCAAGGGCAUCCGGAGCAUCCUGGACAUCGACACGGGGGCACAAGCGCCCUCCAAGUCCCUGUUUUCACUUAUAAAGGUUGGGUAGCUUCUUCUGUGGCCUGACCUGCUUGUGAGCGCCUGGAGAGCAUCAGACGCCAUCCCGUUUGGGGACUGUUCAGACCGGCAUCAGCCUUCUGCUGCUGCUUCUGCCCAGCCCUGGCCAAGGCACAGGCCCCUGGGCAGCUGGAAGUACACAGGCCCUGGUUGGUUUACCCCUCCUGUGGGGAGCCAAGGAGGCCACACCUGAGAAACUCUCUGUAGAGGGGAGUUGAUCUAACUAGCACUGAAGGAAGGAGCUCGGAGGAACAGUGGCCAAGGUCAGAGAUCCUGGGCCACCACCUGUCUGCGGGGUCCUUCCACUGUCUGCUCAGAACUGGCUUUCUCAAGCACCCCAGCGGGAGCCUUCCCAGCUCCUGGGCCAGGGCCUGAGCCUCACCCCUCCUGCCUCCUUUGGUCCAGGGCUGCACUGAGCUGGGCUCAGCAAGUAUUUGGAAUCGAAGGCAGAACUGGACGAGAAAAAGGAAAAGAUGGGCUCUUAUCUGGGGCCUGGAAAGGAGCCUGAGGGGUCGGGUCACACAACCAGCUGGAGGCAGAGCCAGCGUCAGAGCCCCCUCCAGAGGGCCCCCCCACCCCCUGCAGCUCAGACCGCGACCCCUCUCUGAUUCCCCACGGGCUUCCCCUGAGGAUGGGCCCAGGAGGGCAAGGACCUGCUUGGGUUCUGCCCUCCCCCACACGGGGACGGGCCCAGGGAUGCCUCCGGGUCCUGCCCUGGAAGGUGGGCUGAGGUCUGGGCGGGGCGAGCUUGACCUCUCACCCCUUGGCCUCCGUAUUAGUUUCCUAUUAACCACUUGAACAGAUCUCCACAAACUUAGUAGCUUAAAACCAGAACUUCUCUUUCAGUUCUAAGAAGGUCAGAAGUCUGACAUGGCUCUAGUGGUUAAAGCCAAGGUGUUGGCAGGGCUGGUUCCUUCUGGAAGCUCUAGCAGGGAAUUUCCUUGGAGGCCGCCUUCCAAUAUUUCCUGGCCCGUGUCCCUCUUCCAUCUUCAAAGCCAGCCACACCAUGGCCGGUCGAAUCCUUUUCACAGCACUCCUCCUCUCCUCCCUCUUCUACUUCUAAGGACCCUUGUGAGUCCUUUGGCCACCCAGACAAUCCAGGAUCCUCCUCCGAUGUUAAGGUCAGCUGAUUAGCAACCUUAAUUCUGCCUGACACCUUAACUCCUCUUCACCGUGGAAACUAACAUAGUCGCAGGCCCAGGGAUUAGGUCGUGGGCAUCUUUGGGGUGGCGACAUUACUUUGCCCACCCCAGCCUCCAUCCAUCGCCUGCUCUGUGGGGUGGGGUGCCUUGUCCUACCCCAUGAAAAGCUGGGUUCAAUUACCCGCCUUGGCCUCUGCUUACCCCAGAGGCCCUCUUGGCAAGAGGGGCAGUUCAGACGUAGGCUUGCCAUGAGGAGGCUUGCAGCCUGCUCUCUUGGGUUUGCCCUCCUCUUUCUAGGUACCGUGGCCAGAAACUGGCCCAUGUAAAUGAUGCACAAAGGCCUUUGUACAUUCAUGGGAGUUAGCAUGUUUGGUGUUAGUUUUCGGUAGCACUGCUUUUGUGUGUGUGUGCUCGGAACGAGACCUGAGUUGAUAUAAAGCUGGUUUCACAAGUG